UUUUCUGCAGACAAUUGUAAACAUUCGAGAAAUUCCACAAAUAUAAAGCGAAACUGCAAGUAAAUAACAAAAACUUCUACUGUGAAAUACAAAAAACAAUAAGCUAAGCAAAUGUUCUAAAAUCAUUUUAAUAAUUUCGUAGCAAUGGUGAAUGUUAUGAAAGGUGUAUUUGUUGAAUGUGAUCCGGCUAUGAAACAAUUUCUUUUGCAUCUGGACGAAACGCUCGCAUUGGGACGCAAAUUCAUCAUUCAAGAUUUGGAUGAAAAUCAUCUGUUCAUUUCUACCGAUAUAGUGGAAACGUUGCAAGCACGUGUGGAUGAUUUAAUGGACCGCAUUAGUUUUCCGUUGCAUGAAAAAGAUCCUUAA